AUGCCACCCGUGCGUGAUUGGCGAGACGGUGCAAAUGGAUUCGAGUCCGAUAAUCUGUUCAACGUCGUCGGCGGUCCGCCGACGAUAGCAGUCGUGCCUGAGCCGCACAACAUCCCCAGUCGCUUCACAGUCUUACCAGACCAUUAUUACCUCCCGGAGGCUAGGGAACAUGAUCACGUCGGCUGGCAGCUGGACAACGGGGACGGUCACGAGUGGUACCGCGAUACGGUACACGACAUGCGGUGUUGCGGAGACGACGUGGUGUUCGCCAGAGGGCACAACCAGUUCGCGCCGUUCAUCGCCGUGGGGUUUCUGUCCGGCUACAGGUUUCGCGCCGGCGACGGUGAGUCACCGCCCGGUGAGUCAUGGCCCGAAGUUCGCCGGACUCUGACGGUCGCCAGGCGGUACCUCGACGACGGGGACGAGCGGUGCGGGUGGUCCAUGGACGACCUGGAGAGGGAGGUGCGUGAAGCGAUGGCCUGCAGCGUCCCGACGCACCCGUGGAUGGUGGAGUGCAUGGGGAGCGCCAAACGGAAGAAACGCAAACGAUGA